AAAUAUUAUUAGAGAAAAAAAUGGUGAAUGAUUGAUCCACUAAAGCUUCAUGCUUUAAACCUAUACAUGACUCUCCUUCCCUCUCUCUUUCCUCAUAAAAGCUCCCUCUAAUUUGGUCAAUAAAUCUAGGGUUUUUAUAGCUUUGCUGGUGAUCUCUUCUGGGUGUAGUCUUAUUGGGAGAUAAAUUUUGAAAAAAAGAUUUGAUUUGUUUCCUUUUGUUUUUCAUUUUUGGGUGAUUUUAAAACUUUGGGGUUUUGAAGCCAAUGCCAUUUUUUUAGAAUUGGGGAUUCAAAAGUAUUCAAAGAAGACUGACUUUCAAUGUCUUGGGCUGGCCCUGAUGAUAUAUUUCUCUCCACUUCUCUUGCCACCUACCUUGACAAGAAACUCAUUGUUUUGCUGAGAGAUGGCCGGAAGCUCCUGGGAUUGCUACGUUCUUUUGAUCAAUUUGCUAAUGUUGUUCUAGAAGGAGCUUGUGAGCGAGUUAUUGUUGGCAAUUUGUACUGUGAUAUCCCCUUAGGUCUCUAUGUAAUCCGUGGGGAGAAUGUUGUCUUAAUAGGAGAGAUGGACUCGGAAAAGGAGGAGCUUCCACCACAUAUGACUGCAGUGUCGGCUGCCGAGAUAAAAAGGGCUCAGAAAGCAGAAAGGGAAGCAACAGAUCUGAAGGGCUCUAUGAGAAAAAGAAUGGAGUUCCUUGAUUUCGAUUAAUAGAUCCACCUGUUUGUUGGAGUUUCAUGCUACGUUCGCAAAUAUUAGUGCAAUUAUGACCCAAAAUUUGAGACGAGGGUGGGAUAGCAUGAAAAAUUCUCACAUUAUCUCUGUUAUUGGAGGAAGAAGCCAAAAAAAGGGAGUAGAAGUUCUCGAGCAUUCUGAAGACCUUAAUAUAUCUGCUAAAAGCUCGGGGCGAGGAAGUUCAUUUUAUGUGUCUUAAGAGGCAAGUAAGAUAGUUUCCUCUAUGUGCACUAUGAGUUUUAGGGUUUUAGAAAUUUCUGCUUAUACCCGAUGUUGACUUUACGCCCCUUAUUUUCUCUCUACUUCCUUUCUAGGUUCUUACAUUUCAUUUGAGUAGAAAACUGUUCAAAAUUGCUGUGGCUUGUUGCUUUCGUGCC